CCAGUUCGCGUGUGGCGCCCACCGUGUGCGGAGGGGCGUUGUCGCCUCCCUCAUGACCGCCCUUUGAAAGACCUGGAACAUAAUAUAUAUUUUAUUUAUAAUUGCUUUUCCCGAGAGGAUUUAAUACUGCGAAUCUAAAAUUCUGUGAAGGAUUCGGGGAGUGAUUGUAGAUAAUUGGUCGCGUAUUAAUUAUAAAAGGAAAAUAUGUGUUAGUGAUUGAUGUUGGAGUGUAUUAGAGGUGUGGAAUGCGUGUGUGGAUGAGGUACAGUGGGAGCACGUGGUGGCGCGUGAGCGAGGGUGUUGUGAAGGUGGUCAUGGGGACCCCUGUACCGCUGGCAGGCUGUUGACAGCUCCCACACCACCAUAACCUGUCCCUCCACACGGAGUCGUCUACCUCCACACGGAGUCGUCUACCUCCACACCACCUACCUCCUGCUGCCCCAGGCUACCACGCCUCAUGACUUGAGACACCCAGGCUGCUGCAAGUGUCACACGGUGCUCUCCUGCGGGUUGUGACACGAGUCGUGACGGAGAAUAAAUAUACUUUGUUUGAUAAGUUUCCCCGUGAGAGACAUAAGGGCAAGUAUAAUAUUGGUGAGAGGGGUGGUGGUGGUGGACGGCACCUGGAUGAGUGACCGUGGGAGAAGCAGAGCCCAUGUAUCAAGAUGUCGUGGGUGGUGGACGUGUCCCGCUGCUUGGGACUAAUGGACAUGGGUUCCCGGGACGUGUGCAGGAGGGGACCGGGGCCUUCGGCUUCCCUCAGACGUCAUGCUAAGUCCUCCACUUGGCUCCUGGGGUCGCCCCUCAGCCGCGGGUCCUCGCAAGUGACGGUAAAGAAGCGGCUGCACCGGAGUGGCUCCAGGUCUACGCCUUGCCUGACCGAAGAAACCACACCCGGGCCCGCCAAGAAGUCCCAGGCAGACCUGCAGGGAAGAUCAGAGUCUCUUAAUUCCGGAGGUCCCGAGUCUCUCACCUCGACUCCGGCCACCUCCAGCGUGGACAGUCUAGAGACAGAGCCGCCGCUGCUGCCGCCCCCCGCCUCGGAUACCCUCCACGGCCCCUCUACCAGUGCCCUGGUGCUGACUAUGCCCUACGUCCCUGCACCGAGACCUAACCUGGCCAGGUCUUGUGAGGUCCUUGGGAUGACAGAAUGUGAGGCGUCAGAAGCUGAGGGUAAGACGGAGAGUGUGACUCCAGCCCGCGCCCGUAGUGUCUCUCGCCUGGACUGUAGCGUCAACUAUUCUGACAGCCCGCCUCUAGUGCCGGCCCUCCCGCCAGAGGCUAGAGACUCCCCCAGGGGGGUCUUCAUGCAGGCUCGCGAUACCCUAGUCAACCGCUUGUGUGGUGCGGGACCCAGGGGUCCGCCGCUCCCAGAUACCGAGCACCCGACCCGAAAGUUCCGAGCGAGGCACCGGUUUGCCCGCUCGGAGCACAACCUCAACCAGCCUAUCCCACAGCGUCGAGUCUCCCACCACGCCCACCAGAAGGAGCGGGAGGGCGUGGGGGCCCGGAGCAGGUCAGAACACGCCCUGAUACGCCCUUCGUGGUCGUUGACCUCACAGUCGAGCGAGCGGGCGUGUGGCAACGAGUGGUCGAUAUGGGCGCAGGACCUGCUCGACUCUCUUCAUCAGAUGAACGCCCACGCCCAGAGUACCUCCCCCACCUUUCCCCCGACCUCCGCCCUCACCUCCGCGGUCUCGUCGCGAGCUUCCCUCCUGGCGCGCUCCAGGGGCUCUUCUGAGGAUAACCAGGCGAGUUUCGCCGAUGACGGUGGGAGCAGUCUACGAGACGGGAACCCGCGAGCAGUGCGUCGGACCCACAGUGAUGUAGGGGGCACUGGAGGCCGCAGUUGUCUCCACUACUCACGACAGUUGUCUACUCCUCAGCCUAUCAAGAUCCGACCAGCCCAUAGACUUCCCCAACACACUGCUUCUUUACACCGGUCUAAAAGCCUUAAAAGAAGCAAAGGGUCUUCACAUUUACGUCGUUCAAUUAGUCAACCUUUAGACUUGGACAAGGCGUAUGAGAGCCCCAGCUCGCACAAGUGCACCAGCCCCACACACGCGCACAAUAGGCGACAACGACGACCCUCGGCCGGAAACAUUCUCAAUGACGACAUCAUCACUUCCGAAGAUGAGAUUGGAAUCUCUGAUUCAGAGGAUUUCAGAACUGAUUUGAAGAGAAGUUUAGAUGAGGAUGACGACAUGAUCGUUUAUGCAGAAGCUCUCUGGGACCAUGUGACAUUAGACUCUGAGGAGCUUGUAUUCAAGGCUGGUGACCUGAUCACAGUAAUAGAUUCAAGUGAUAAAGACUGGUGGUGGGGUCGAAUAAGUCACAGGGUUGGAUGGUUCCCAGCUGCCUUUGUACGGAUACUUGUGAAUCAAGAAGAUCAUCAAAAUUCCAGAAGUCAUGAUGAUACAAGAAUUCUGGGGCCAGUUAGAAAGCUCAGCGUCUCUGGUUUGUCGCAUGAUCAAAUCCGAACCAAUGUCAUAAAUGAAAUCAUAUCGACUGAGCGUGAUUUUGUAAAACAUUUAAGAGAUGUUGUUAAGGGAUACUUGCGGCAAGUUCGAAAGAGACCAGAUAUGUUCAGUGAUGAAAGAAUAUCCACCAUCUUUGGUAACAUGGAGGCCUUGUAUCAGUUCCAGAGCAACUUCCUUAGAGAACUAGAAUUGUGUAUAGAUUGGCAAGACCCCCACAAGUCUUGCAUUGGUGCUGCCUUCAUUCGCAAUAGAGAGAAAUUUGAAAUAUACAGUGAAUAUUGCAAUAAUCACCCUGCUGCAAUGUCAUCACUACAAGAACUUUACCAGCACCAAAAAUACAUUCAUUUUUUUGAGGCUUGUCGACUUCUGCAAGAAAUGAUUGACAUAUCUUUGGAUGGGUUUCUACUAACUCCAGUGCAGAAAAUCUGCAAAUAUCCUCUUCAACUGCAAGAACUGUUGAAGUAUACAAAGCCUGAUCAUCCAGACUAUACCAGCGUUCAAGGAGCAUUGGAAGCCAUGCGUGAUGUGGCCCUUCUUGUUAACGAGCGAAAACGGCGUAUGGAAUGUUUAGAGAAGAUUGCAUCGUGGCAGAUUACUGUCGAAGGUUGGGAGGGGCCUGAGCUGCUUGAAGAUAGCUCGCAGCUGAUCUACCAGGGAGAGGUUACCAAAGGAGCUGGUGGAUCCUGGCCUAAAGAAGUGACUCUUUUCUUAUUUGAUCAUCAGCUUGUAUAUUGCAAGCGAGACCUUCUCAAGCGGAAUACAUUUGUGUACAGAGGGAGACUGAAUCUCGACAUGUGUGAGAUUGUUGAUCUGUCAGAUGGGAAAGACUCCAGCCUAAACAUCAGUGUUCAUAAUGCCUGGAAGAUCCAUAGUCUUGAAAAGAACAAGUGGUAUGUUUUUUCAUGUAAAACUGCUGCAGAAAAACAUAAAUGGAUGGAGGCCUUCAGAAGAGAACGUGAAUUAGUAGCUGCAGAUGAACGCGCAGGAUUUGUUGUGGCAGACAAAGCUAAACAUCUUGCUAAAGUUGCUGCUCGCAACCAAAGGAACAGGCCGAAGAGACCGCGGACAACCAAAUCGCACAAGCGUGUACAGGCCAUGACGUACGCUCAGGCUGAACUUCUAGUCAAUGUUGAUCCUGAAAUUCGCUCCAAUAGCCUUCCCUCAGGUGUUCAGCCACCCGAGGGCAAAAAGAAAGGUCUGUGGUUCAGCUUUGGAGGUCAUAAAAAGGGCAGAGGAUCAGGACGAAAUGUGACACAAAUUCAGCAUCACCCAGUGUGAAGUCAGCCUGAUAUUCUUUGUGGUAAAUCUCAUCAUAAAGGCUGAAGGUCAUCAGCUUCAAUACAAGCUAUUUAACACUCACGCAUUGCCAGUGACUGGAAUAUUAAAGUGAUUUUGGGGAUUGUGUAUGUUCAUGUUUUAUUGAUCUUAUGACUGUUAACUAUGAUGUUAAGAUUAAUGAACAAACCAGUAUGAGUCGGCUUUGUAAGGUAUGGCAAUUCCUUACAUCUUGGCACAAUUGAAGAUGUGCUGAGACUGAUUUCAUAAUUGAUACAUAUCCAACCAAAGCUGAAAUGUUUUAUCUUUAAUGUGUUUUUUGAGAAUAUUUUAAAGUUUAUGAUAAAAACAUAUGUUGGAGGAGUCUAGUCAUCUUCUGAAUGUUUUGUAAGCAGUCUUGAAUUUGAUUUGAAGAAUGAAAUGAAAGGUUAAACUUUUCAUGUAAUUUAUGCAUCUUUUAUUUAUUUUAUUUUUUUAUAAAGAGGAAAGGACAUUUUUAUUUAUGCCACCUGCUGGUUUAGGUAGCAACAAGUCUCAUAUCAUGAAAUUUUCAUGUAAAAAAAAAAUGAAUUUCCAAGUGUGUUCAGUGGAAUUACAAUAUGGUGUCGCUAGAUAGGUUUUUAUCAAGUGCCAUUUUUUUUUAAAUCUGGAUAUAGAAAUGCUGUACAUGUUUAGACAAAAUUUAUUUUAUUGUAAAAUUGUUCCUACAGUACAGUACAGUAUAUGAUUUCCACAUUGACAAUGAAAGCUGGUUUUACUCCUAAUCAGUGUUGUAAAGAUAUUUUUUCUUUAAUGUAUUAAUCCUCAGGUUCUUUGAAGAAUAAAUAGUUACUUCAUGUGUUAAAAAUAUAGUUAAACUAAAGAUGUUUUGAUCUGUGCAAAUGUCAGCUAUAUGUGCCGUGUGUCAAGAUUUGUACUACUGUAUUUUUAUCACUUUUUGGAGGUGUUCAGCUGUUUAUUAAUUUAAAGUUCACUUGAGCUAUUGCAUAAUGUGGCAUAUUUGAUUUACUAAGACUGGUUUAAUAUUUUAAACUCCAAUUGUUUAAAUGCCUUACUCUAAAGCUUGAUAUAUUAUUGAAUUAUAACUGAAAGACCAACAAACAUUUGCACGAUCUUUCACUGAUUGUGUAUAUUAUUUUACCUUGUUUUUAUUAAAAAUUAUAGUUUAUCUUUGUACAGAUAUAAAUAUAUGUAAUUGUUGUAAAAAUGUAUAUAGAACAAAAUAUUUCUUUGAAA